UUACAUCAGUUUACAUCACACAUUAGUCAACAUAAAUGAAAUGCAUUGGCGUUAUUGGGGAUAAUUGAAGGAAUAUAUUGUAAAAAACGUGAUGGAUGGUUAGUUAUAAGUAAUCGAUGGAUAAAUCGGUGGGUGUCUGCGGUGGAGUUGAAUUACGAGGAAUAUCGAGACAAGUGCUCUAACAAUGGCUCUCUAUGAUAAUAAACACUGGUUGCUCUCUCACAUCAGAGACAGUUUUAUAUCAACUGACGACACCGGUAUGUGCGAGCUGGUGAUGCUUGGUGAGGACAUACCAAAGCAAUUGAAAGCAGAUGGUGAACCCUGUUACCCUGGUGAUGAGGAGAGCGACGAUGAGGACUUGGACGCGAUGUCUGAGUCCUACGACAUCCAAAUGGACAUGGAAUUUGGUCAUCGUCCCCGAUCCAAUACAGCCCAACGCCUGGAAAAAAUGGAGAUGGAAAGAAAAAAAGCUGCCAAGAUAAAACACAUAAAGUGGGAGCCAAACCCCAUAAAUAUGAAUGAAGAAGAGAAAUUCGAGAUGUUCAAACGAAAAGAUCUUCGCAAACAAAAUGAAAUUACCAAACCAAAGCGACAAUCACUGUUGUCUGAACAAUUAGUUAAAUCUCCACUGCUGCCACGUAAUCCAUUCACAGAGUACAUUAAAUUUGAUGGAAAUGCCCAAAUAGGUGUUCAUAUUCGUAAAUACAGGAUAUAUAUGUGCAUGCUGAGUGACGAGGAGCGACGAUACCCUUUACAGAUCGUUGUUCUGGGUACAGCCAAGGUCCAGGAGUUCAUCGGCCUGAUCUGUUAUAAAUAUGCCAGCGAACAUCCCAAUCACAAUCUCAAGGAAGACAUCACGAAAUACGGUCUAUACAUAACAGAAGACGAUGGAGAAGUCGAUUGGGAUUUUCCCUGUCUGGAUCCUCGAGAAGUGAUAUCCAAAUUCGAAUUUCCAUCCCUAUGUCUCGUUGAAAUGCGAGCUUGUGAUCGUGCCAGGCACGAUCCAAUUGAUCCAAUACGAAUUGCUGAUGAGGAAUCGCCUGCCACUAGUAAAAUGGAGCAGGAGAUAUUCGCUGAGGAUUUAGCACGUAUGAAGGGACACACCACUGCCAUGGAGGCACCUUUAUAUCAAUUAUAUAGAGUACAUAUAAUAAAUAAAGUGAGAGCAAAGACUGAGAUUCAUCUUGGAAUAUCCGGUGAUAAAAUUGAGAUAGAUCCUGUGAUAACAGGUAAAGGUGCCAGUAGAUUCUGGCAUCGACAACGAGCUGUCUCUUAUCAGAUGGAUAAUAUUGCCUGGUGUGAAUUGACUGAAACCAAGGGCUCAAAGACAACUUUCACGUUAAUAUAUACUCAUCAGUCUAUCUCAGAUACACUACUACUAUCUUCAACGCAUUCACACUCUCUCAAUCAAUCCACCUCAUUCAAAACCCAUGAUUUCGAGGCUGAUGCGUCAGUCGCCGAAGAAAUAGUCCGAAAAAUAAAUCACAUCCUCGAACUGCGAAGCAGCAAUGCGAGGAAAGAAUUCUUACAGCACAGGGAACGAAAAGCUGCCAGAAGAAAGAGUUUCAGUCUUCACAGAUGAUGAGAAAAUUACUAGGAAAUCUAGUUAUCUCAAUCCUAAUCUUCAAUUUAAAUCACUUUUAAUACAAUAUUUAUUUUGAUAAAAAGAAUGACUGUAAUUAUUGCAUUUUAAUUUUCUUAUUGAAAAGUUAAGAUACGAAAUAAAGAGAAUAAUUCACUACUUAAGGAUUAAUAUUGAGA